GCGCUCCGCUGCAGCGCUCAGCCAGGCUCGGGGGCUCCAGCAGUCCGCGCCCGCCCAACCCACCAGCGCGGUUCUUCAAGACCUGGUGCAUCCUGUGCAGAUCUGGGUGCCUCCGUGUCCCAGCCCCCACCCCUUUUACCCCCCCUCCCAAUCCUGGGUUCCGGGGGCGUGGUUUGGCGCGGGGGCGGGUUUAAGUCGCCACGGGUGUCUGACCGCUCUGACAGGUCUCCAAAUUCCUCCCAGGCUCCCGUCCCGCUGCGCGGUUCCGAGCGCCCGAGUGGCCCCGCGCUUCCUUGGAUCCGGAGGCGUCUCGUCGACUUCCACUCGGCCUGGAGCCUCUCUUCUCGCUGAAACCUUUCGCCUGCCUCCUCACACGCCAAGGCUCAUUUCUCAGGCUCAGGAAUCCGCUCCAGUGGCUUCUCUUCAUACUCAGCUGUUGGCUUUACAGCCCUCCCCACUUGUUCUUUUCCUACAUCCCCUGGGGUCUGGCAGGCCCAAUGGACUCCAAAGAGCGAAGUGAAGGGAAUGGGAAUUGUGUGCUGCGACCCAUCAGAAUCGCUCCUAGCAUUGGUGACUUAGUCCUGUAGCGGAGACUGGGACCCUGAGGCUAGCGCCCCGCCACGAUCCUCCUUGAGGAAUGCAUCAGUCCAGAACUCGCGCUGUCAGUAUUUGCUCUGGACGUGGCCACAACCAGGAAGGAACCGAAGAGAGAGCUUCAUCCAGCACACCUCCAAAUUAACUGUUUGGCUACUUGUUAGUGUUAAGGAUACCACCUUUCUCCUGCCCUCCCGCGGGGCGCCCUGCCACCUCACCAUCACCCACACCUCCUGCCUCAUCGCGCCCGCCUCCAGCUCCUCCCCGACUCCCCAUGCCGGCGCAAUGGAGUUAUCCGAAGGGCGAUGAUUGCAGCCACAGCUGCUAACUUAGCACCCAUCCUAGCCAUCGGUCACCCUUGGCCAGCCUUUCUGCAGCCGCCGAGACGUGGGCGUCCAGAGUCCAGUGCCGCAGCCAGGACCCGCCCGACGCGCAGCAGAAGCGCGGCGCCCAGGCGCCUCUUAGAGAAGACUGCGCCAAGACGCUGAGCCUAGAGCCAGCCCAGGAGCUUGAGCGCAGAAAGGGACUGCGUGGCUCAGAGUGCCGAGGAUUUCGUGGACAAAUAGCCACCACUUUCACUGCGUAUCCCAACGGAGCUGAUUGGCGGGAAGGUGGCUUGCCAGUACGCAGGGGUCCACUGCAAUCUGCCAGGAGCCCCUUGCUCUCGGGCUCACUAUGACUUGACCUGUGGGGGCCCUGCUCAGGGCUCCUGCAAUCGAGCAGCCUAGGAAAGAGGGGAUCGCUGCCAAGCGGCCUUCGGGUCUCUAAAAACCCCUACCCGCAACUGCCACAACCAGUGUCUGAGCCUCCCUCCCUGCGGACCCCAGCCAUGGAACUCUCGGAUGUGCACUGCCUUAGCGGCAGCGAGGAACUCUAUACCAUUCACCCGACGCCCCCGGCCGGCGACGGCGGGAGCGGCUCUCGGCCGCAGCGGCUGCUGUGGCAGACGGCGGUGCGGCACAUCACCGAGCAGCGCUUCAUCCACGGCCACCGAGGCGGCGGCGGCGGGGGCUCCCGCAAAGCCUCGAACCCUGCGGGCAGCGGACCAAACCACCACGCGCCGCAGCUGUCUAGCGACUCGGUGCUGCCUCUCUAUUCUCUGGGCUCCGGAGAGCGAGCGCACAACACCGGUGGCACCAAAGUCUUUCCGGAACGCAGCGGGAGCGGCAGUGCCAGUGGCAGCGGGGGUGGGGGCGACUUGGGCUUCCUGCACCUUGACUGUGCCCCAAGUAACUCGGAUUUCUUCCUCAAUGGGGGAUACAGCUACCGUGGGGUCAUUUUCCCAACCCUACGCAACUCCUUCAAGUCUCGGGAUCUGGAGCGCCUCUAUCAACGCUAUUUCCUGGGCCAGAGGCGCAAAUCGGAGGUAGUGAUGAACGUGCUGGAUGUACUAACCAAACUCACCCUUCUAGUCCUUCACUUGAGCCUAGCCUCGGCUCCCAUGGACCCUCUCAAGGGCAUCCUGCUAGGCUUUUUCACUGGCAUCGAGGUGGUGAUCUGCGCCCUCGUGGUGGUCAGGAAGGACACCACCUCCCACACUUACCUGCAAUACAGCGGCGUGGUCACUUGGGUGGCUAUGACCACCCAGAUUCUGGCAGCAGGCCUGGGCUAUGGGCUUCUGGGCGACGGCAUAGGCUACGUGCUUUUUACACUCUUCGCCACCUACAGCAUGCUUCCGCUGCCUCUCACCUGGGCCAUCUUGGCCGGCCUGGGCACAUCCUUGCUGCAAGUCACACUUCAAGUGCUCAUACCCAGACUAGCGGUCUUUUCCAUCAACCAGGUUCUGGCCCAGGUGGUGCUCUUCAUGUGCAUGAAUACAGCAGGCAUCUUCAUCAGUUACCUUUCAGACCGCGCCCAGCGGCAGGCCUUCCUGGAGACCCGGAGGUGUGUGGAGGCCAGGCUCCGCCUGGAGACAGAGAACCAAAGACAGGAGCGGCUUGUGCUCUCUGUGCUCCCCAGGUUUGUCGUCCUAGAAAUGAUCAAUGACAUGACCAAUGUGGAGGACGAGCACCUGCAGCAUCAGUUCCACCGCAUCUACAUCCAUCGCUACGAGAACGUCAGUAUUCUUUUUGCAGAUGUCAAAGGAUUUACCAACCUCUCUACGACCUUGUCUGCUCAGGAGCUUGUCAGGAUGCUCAACGAGCUCUUUGCCAGAUUUGAUCGGCUGGCCCAUGAGCAUCACUGUCUUCGCAUUAAAAUCCUGGGGGACUGCUACUACUGUGUGUCAGGACUGCCUGAGCCCCGCCAGGACCAUGCUCAUUGCUGUGUUGAAAUGGGCCUCAGCAUGAUCAAAACUAUCAGGUUUGUGAGGUCCAGAACGAAGCAUGAUGUUGACAUGCGAAUUGGAAUCCAUUCAGGCUCUGUGCUGUGUGGUGUGUUGGGCCUGAGAAAAUGGCAGUUUGAUGUCUGGUCUUGGGAUGUGGACAUCGCAAACAAACUUGAAUCUGGAGGAAUCCCUGGGAGAAUUCACAUUUCCAAAGCCACACUGGAUUGCCUCAGUGGUGACUAUAAUGUGGAAGAGGGCCACGGUAAGGAGAGGAAUGAAUUCUUGAGGAAGCAUAAUAUAGAGACCUAUUUGAUUAAGCAGCCCGAGGAGAGUUUGCUAUCCUUGCCUGAAGAUAUAGUUAAGGAGUCGGUGAGCUGCUCGGACAGGAGAAACAGUGGGGCAACGUUCACAGAAGGAUCCUGGAGCCCAGAACUGCCAUUCGACAACAUCGUGGGCAAACAGAAUACUCUGGCUGCCCUAACAAGAAAUUCAAUAAAUCUGCUUCCAAACCAUCUCGCACAAGCUUUGCAUGUCCAGUCUGGGCCUGAGGAAAUUAACAAGAGAAUAGAGCAUACCAUCGACUUGCGGAGUGGCGAUAAGUUGAGAAGAGAGCAUAUCAAGCCAUUCUCACUGAUGUUUAAAGACUCCAGCCUGGAGCACAAGUAUUCUCAAAUGCGGGAUGAAGUAUUCAAGUCAAACUUGGUCUGUGCAUUUAUCGUUCUUCUGUUUAUCACUGCGAUUCAAAGUUUGCUUCCUUCUUCGAGGCUGAUGCCUAUGACCAUCCAGUUCUCCAUCCUGAUCAUGCUGCACUCCGCCCUGGUCCUCAUCACCACGGCAGAAGACUAUAAGUGUCUGCCUCUCAUUCUCCGCAAAACCUGUUGUUGGAUUAACGAGACCUAUUUGGCCCGCAACGUCAUCAUCUUUGCUUCCAUCUUGAUUAAUUUCCUGGGAGCCGUCAUAAAUAUUUACUUUGUCUUCACUGGGGUGUUGGCCAUGGUGACGUGUGCAGUAUUUCUCCGGCUUAACUCUGUCCUGAAGCUGGCUGUGCUGCUCAUUAUGAUCGCCAUCUACGCCCUGCUGACAGAGACCAUCUAUGCAGGUCUCUUUCUGAGUUAUGACAACCUGAACCACAGUGGAGAAGAUUUUCUGGGGACCAAGGAGGCAUCACUGCUACUGAUGGCCAUGUUCCUUCUUGCUGUAUUCUACCAUGGACAGCAGCUGGAGUACACAGCCCGCCUAGAUUUCCUGUGGCGAGUACAGGCCAAAGAGGAGAUCAACGAGAUGAAGGACUUGAGGGAACACAAUGAGAACAUGCUUCGCAAUAUCUUACCCGGCCACGUGGCCCGCCACUUCCUGGAGAAAGACAGAGACAAUGAGGAGCUGUAUUCUCAAUCCUAUGAUGCCGUUGGGGUAAUGUUUGCCUCCAUUCCUGGAUUUGCAGACUUUUACUCUCAGACAGAAAUGAACAACCAGGGAGUGGAAUGUCUGCGCUUGCUGAAUGAGAUCAUUGCUGACUUUGAUGAGUUACUUGGAGAGGACCGCUUUCAGGACAUAGAGAAGAUUAAGACCAUUGGUAGUACAUACAUGGCUGUCUCAGGACUGUCACCAGAGAAACAGCAAUGUGAAGAUAAAUGGGGACAUUUGUGUGCCCUGGCUGACUUCUCUCUUGCCCUGACUGAAAGCAUACAAGAGAUCAACAAGCAUUCGUUCAACAAUUUUGAACUCCGUAUUGGCAUCAGCCAUGGCUCAGUGGUAGCAGGUGUAAUUGGCGCUAAGAAACCACAGUAUGACAUUUGGGGUAAAACUGUGAACUUGGCAAGCCGAAUGGACAGCACAGGAGUGAGUGGCCGGAUCCAAGUUCCUGAGGAGACCUAUCUCAUCCUGAAGGAUCAGGGCUUUGCCUUCGACUACCGGGGAGAGAUAUAUGUGAAGGGCAUCAGCGAACAAGAAGGGAAAAUCAAAACAUAUUUUCUCCUGGGACGAGUCCAACCCAACCCAUUCAUCUUACCCCCAAGAAGACUUCCUGGGCAGUACUCUCUGGCUGCAGUUGUCCUUGGCCUUGUCCAGUCUCUCAACAGGCAAAGGCAGAAGCAACUACUCAAUGAGAACAGCAACUCUGGCAUCAUCAAGAGCCAUUACAACCGGCGGACUUUGCUAACGCCAAGUGGGCCAGAGCCUGGAGCACAGGCUGAAGGCACUGACAAAUCCGAUUUGCCAUAAAAGCAUUUUCUUUGUGUUUCUUUCUCUUUUUUUGUAUUUCUUUUAUAUAUAAAAUAAAUAUACUAAUAAAAAGGUUUGAUUUUUUUUAGAACAA